ACCAAGAUGGCGGCGUGCUUACCUCUGGGGUCGAAGUCACCCUCAACUUUCACGUGUUUAAGGCUUUUAACAGAGAAAUAUUCGCACCAAAAGCUUCUUCGAUCCGGGACAGAGCAGUGCCGACGAGGCUACACAGUGAAAGCAGAGAGUGCACCGGAGGAGAGCCCCAGGUUUAACGGGCCUCUGGAUCACUACAGCGGUCUGAUCAGAGACGGGACGUUGCGGGAGGAUGAACACCAGAGGGCGGUGUUACAGACCCUGGACCAGCUCCAUAAGAAACUCAGAGGCUACAGCAACACGCCUACAUCUCUAUUCUCCAAGUUUUUCACCAAACCAAAGCCUCCUAAAGGUUACUACAUCUACGGCGAUGUGGGCACUGGGAAAACUAUGGUGAUGGACAUGUUUUAUUCUUAUGUGGAGACGGAGAAGAAAAAGAGGGUCCAUUUUCACGGGUUCAUGCUGGAUGUCCAUAAAAGGAUCCACAGGUUAAAACAGAGCAUGCCCAAAAGAAAAGCAGGAAAAAUGGCCAAAUCGUAUGACCCCAUCGCUCCAGUGGCCGAGGAGAUCAGUGAGGAGGCCUGUCUGCUCUGCUUCGAUGAGUUUCAGGUGACGGACAUCGCAGACGCCAUGAUCCUGAAGCAGCUUUUUGAAAACCUUUUCCUUCACGGUGUGGUCGUCGUGGCAACUUCAAAUCGCCCCCCAGAAGAUUUGUAUAAAAACGGCCUUCAGAGGGUCAACUUUGUGCCUUUCAUUGGUGUUUUACAGAAAUAUUGCCAAACUCUUCGGUUAGACUCUGGGAUCGACUACAGAAAAAGAAACCGGCCGUCAGCAGGCAAACUCUACUUCCUCUCCAGUGAACCUGACGCAGAAGCGACUCUAGACAAGAUGUUUGACGAGCUCGCCUUUAAACAGAACGACAUAACUCGACCGAGAAUCCUGAACGUGCACAACAGAAAAGUGCAUCUGGACAAAGCCUGUGGGACCAUCGCAGACUGCACCUUUGAGGAGCUGUGUGACAGGCCUUUGGGAGCCAGUGAUUACCUGGAGAUGUCCCGUCUGUUUGACACAGUCUUCAUUCGUCACAUUCCUUUGUUAACAUUAAACAAAAAGACUCAGGCCCGGCGCCUCAUCACUCUGGUGGACGCUCUCUACGACCACAAGGUUCGAGUUGUGAUUUUGGCCGAUUAUCCACUGGAGGAGAUCUUUGUUCAUAACGGGGACCACAGCCACGACGAGAGCCACAUUCUGAUGGACGAUUUGGGACUUAAGAGGGAUGAAGCCAGCAGUCUGUCCAUCUUCAGCGGAGAGGAGGAGAUGUUUGCGUUUCAGAGGACGGUUUCUCGACUCACGGAGAUGCAGACGGAGGAAUACUGGAUCGAAGGAGACCGCAGUUUAAGACAAUGACAUUUGGACCAGCUCAGUGUUUUAUCACUACAGACUGCAUUUUUUAACAAUAUUCAAGUGUAAAUCUGCUCCAAACCCAGGUGCUUCCUUAUAAACAAGCCAAAAACACCACUCCUCAAUGAAAUGAAGUCAACGGGACUCAAAGCAAAAACUGUACAGAACUAUUUAUUAUUAGAAUUUUAACACCUUGGAUUUCAAAAUGCACUUUAUAUGACAUAUUUAAGACGCACAGAAAAAACAUAUCUAUUAGCUACAAGAAGUUAAAGAUACACUCUGGAACUUUUCUGGUGGGGGUCUGACAUCUUUGCUUAAAUGUUCCACAGUACAGCAUUGCGUACAUGAAUAUAUAUUGUACGUAUUCUGUUAUUUUCUUUGUUUUUCCUGCUCAAAAAUAUAUUCUCCACAGAUCUGACCUGUAACUUGUCUCUGUGGAGAGUUGAAAGCCACACUUUAAGAUUUUGUUGGCACAGAAUAACGUCACCAUGGAGACAAGCGCACCUUUAAAAUUCAAAAUAUUAAUCCUAAUUUGAGUUGUUUUUUACUUAAUUUACAAGAUGAACUGACUUUUUGAAGAUAAAACUAUAACGCUAGAUUUAUUGUUUUGUUUUGAGCUGUUAAUUUGAAAACUACUACAUCUUCCUGACAUCACAAGGUGGAACAGAGCUUUUUGAGCUUUGGAGAUGUAAACAGACUAAUAAUAAUGUGUGAAUGAAACAAAGCACAACUCCAGGUCUGUUUUUGAGAGGAAACAACAUUAUAAAACUCACAAGAGUCCAUUUUGUGUCAUAUAGGACCAUUAAAUAGUCCUAAAUACUCAAAUCAAGAUUGAUAUUCUAAAUUCAACUCCUUGUAACUAAUGUAGAUCCUGUUUUGAAGUGGGGCAGAAAUGUAUAAUAACAGAUAUAACUGUAAAGCAUAUGGGAGAUGUAAAGUUGAAUUUUAAGGACAUGGUGCAAUUAUGAACUUUCUAAGAACUGUUUUAAAAUAUUGACUGUAUGAAAAUGUAAUUACAGAGGAUUGAAAUGGGAAACAUGAGCUGCUGUUUGUUUGUGAUGAUAAAAAGGAAGGUGCUUUUUAAAUGUGUCAAUUUAAUAUAAAAACUGUACGAAAUCUCUUAAAACUUAAAGACAAAAUACUCAUAAAUGUGUCUAAUAAUCGCCCA